GGGUAUAAAAGUGCGCCACUGACCACAGACAGCAUCCAGUCAAAGGUUUGGAAUCGUGUGUGAUUCUACAAGUCCUUACAACACUGUUUUUCAAGCGUUGCUCCCUUGGCGAGUCCCAACACACUUCACAAUGAAAGUAUUCUUCUGCUUAGCCGCUCUUCUGGUGGCUUCCGCCUGUGCCACCGAUGAGGUGCCAUUGGAGAAGAAGCUGGACAAACGCGGCCUGCUCGAUCUGGGCUAUGGCUAUGGUCAUGCUGGUCUGGACGUUGGCCACAUCGGUCAAGGCUCCCUUGUCAGUGGCAGCAGCUAUGGCAUUAGCUCCAUUGGACACUCCGGUCCAGCUGCCAUCGCUGUGGGACCCAGUGCUGGAGGCAUCUCUUAUGGCCACAGUGCACCCGCUGUUGCCGUUCACUCGCAUGCCGUGCCUGCUCCCUAUGUGAUCAGCAAACAGGCUGAGGUCCAGAAGACCAUCGUUGUGACCAAGGGCGUGCCCGUGCCCGUUCAUGUUGAUCGUCCCUACCCCGUUGUGCAUGAGAAGCGCGUGCCAGUUGAGGUUAAGGUGCCCGUGCCACAGCCCUAUGAGGUGAUCCGCAAGGUUGCCGUUCCCGUCAAGGAGUACGUGAAGGUACCCGUUCCAGUGCCACAGCCCUACGAAGUUAUCCGCCACGAGAAGGUGCCCAUCCAUGUGCCCGUCGAUCGUCCAGUGCCCGUUGAGGUGCCCAAGCCCUACCCCGUGCCCGUCGAGAAGCCAUACCCCGUCUACGUCGAGAAGAUCCAGAAGGUGCCCGUCCAUGUGCCCGUCGAUCGCCCCUACCCCGUCUACGUUAAGGUGCCCCAUGUGUCGCACUCCGUGGUGAAGCACGCACCCACCUAUGCCAUCAGCAAAUACCCCAUCACCGGCUAUGGCCCAGGCAGCGGAAUCGGUGCCAGCGUUUACGCCGAUCAUUCCGGCUACCACAAGUAGAGCGGUUGCGAAUUCUAUUCGGGGCUAGGCCAAGGACUUACCACAAAAAUAUGAGCCGAAUUAAAUUUAGUAACAAUUUUUUUAAUUCUGUCCAAAUGAAGAGAAAAGAAAACAUGAAACAACAAAAUAACACUCA